CGCUUCCUUCGCCCGGGAUGCGGUAAAGUUUUUGGCAAAUUUUUAUCCUUUGGGCGUUUUGUGCUUGGUUUCGUUCAACUUUAUACUUGUCUUCACUUUUUGUUUUAAUGAUUUAUCGUGUCCUGUCUUCUUCAUCAUUGAUAAAUUCCCUACUGCCUUGCUGCAACCAAAUGUAGGAUAAAGCCGUUCUGUAAGACACAUCGCACCAAGUGAAAUAGUGCCUUGAACCCUGGAACAAUCAUCGUGCAGCGUCAUUUGCACUCCAGUCUGCCGGCAGGAGAGGUAGCUCUACACCCACGACAUGUUUCUGCUCCGGAGUGGUGCGGCAAUAUUCCUUCUGGUAGUGCUCGGGGUUCCAGCUCCGUGCGACGGACUGUGCUGUCAUUCGUUGGCAGGACAGGUCGCCGACCUGAACCGGAUGGUCAGUGAACUCUCUGCGGCCGUGAACUCGGCAGUGCUGCCGCGGUUAACCGACAUGCACGCCCAGAUGCGAAACCUUACGUUGCAGCGGCAGACGUGCGCGCCGCUGGUCCACAGCGAGCCACUGGCCCGCGACUGCAGCGACCUGCCGACUGGCUCCCCCAGCGGAGUGUACCGGGCGUGGUUGAGUGGGCUGCCUAGACCGGUGCCGGUGUACUGUGACAUGUCCAAAGACGGCGGCAGGUGGACCGUCUUCCAGCGGCGCGCCGAUAUUACACCCAGGCAGAACUUUUAUCUCAACUGGCAGUCCUACAGGACUGGAUUUGGAAAGCUCGAUGGCGAAUUCUGGUGGGGCAAUGAACACCUGUUCCGGCUAACCUCGCAAGGUGGCCGACGGUACCAACUGCGCAUUAACCUGGAGGACUUUAAGGGUGGAAAAAGGUACGCCUUAUACUGGACCUUCAAGAUCGGGCCAGAGAGUGAUGGUUACCGCCUACACGUGAGCGGCUACGAGGGAAACGCCGGCGAUAGUUUCAGGUUUCACAACAAUCAGCGUUUCUCUACAUACGAUAGAAACAACCAACGGCGGCAGAGACGAAAUUGUGCUCAGAGUUUUAAGGGUGCCUGGUGGUACAGGGACUGCCACCAUUCCAACCUGAACGGACGAUACCUUUCCGGACCGCAUAAAUCGUUCGCCGAUGGCAUCGAGUGGCUGCAUUGGACAGGACACCAUUAUUCCCUGAAAGCAGUGGAAAUGAAGAUCAGGCCAGUAAAGAAGUAAGGGUUUCAAGCCAAAAACUUGCUUGAGUGAUAUGUACUCACCCCGACGGCAUUUGUGAUGGAAAGCAAAGAGGUCUGUGCUUGAAAUGCUUGCAUGGGGCUUGUAGAAACUAGAAUAAUCAAAUUGUCUGUGCUUCUGGAACCCAACGCAAACAAGCAAACAUAUGUAUCACGUUUCGCAGAUCUGUAAGCCUCUGCCGAAUCUUCCACAUAGUGUUGUGUUUGCAUGGUUACAUGGACGAUCAGAAACAAGUGUAUCCAUCCAAUACUCGACUUAUACACCUUGCAGCUUCA